UCCAUCCCAGGCGGUCUUAGGUAAAUUUGACAUUGGCGGGCUGGCUGCGCCCUCUGCAGCUAGGUGUGGCCUGACGUCACCGCCCCUCUACACCAGCUAAAGUGACUAUAUCCAGACAACCCUCAUCAGCAUGGAGACACUCACGCCACAGGGAGGUGUUAAUAUGAAGAGGAUGGAGUAAUCAGGAACAAUGAAAAGACUGCAUAAAAAAAUCUGACAUUCAAAAUUUAUCAACCCAUAUUAAGAAAAAUAAAUUAAAGCUGAAAAUGGCUAUUCAGGAUCUACAGCGCUUCUUAGAAUCCCAAGUACCAGGUGCGUGUGUUCCUGUGGACCUCCUGAAGAUUGCUAAAAGUGUGGGAAUCCGGCGCAGCAACCACCGCAAUGCUCCACGUGGACUUUAUGGACAUGUUCCUCUCACCCUUGUUGUGGAUGGGGAGUACUGCCUUGACAGACUCUAUGGUGGAUUCUUCUCAGAUUGGGUGUGUGGAGGACAGUGGAAUCGUAUGGUGCAGUUUUUAGCAGUGCUCAUGCAAACAGUCCAGAAUAAUAACAUUGAACUAGCUGUGUUCUUCAAUGGUGCUCUUGAACAACAGCGGCUCGGUGAAUGGGCCAGGCAUGAAUGUUCCCUUAGGAAAAAUGUAAAUUCUGUACUAAAGCAUGUAACAGUGAAAGGUACACCACCACCCAAGGUUUGGUGGGUUGCACCUGUUGGUCUGCGCACCUGUCUUCGCAUGGCUCUACGCCAUCUGAACAUACAAGUUUUAUGCACAAUGGAUGACCAUCAUCAAGAAGUCAUAGCAUUUUGCCGUGAAAAUAAUUACCAUGGUCUGAUGGCUGAGGAUGCUGAGUAUAUAAUAUUUGACCCUCCUCGGUAUUUCUCAUCCCACCAGCUCAAGCUAACGUACAAGGGUUCCCUAGAGACCAAAGAGUUUAUCCUAGAUGAAGUGGCCCGAGGGUUGGGUCUUCAGCGCAACUACUUCUGCUUACUGGCUGCCCUCCUGGGAAAUUAUUUGCUGACAGAAAUAGAUCUUAAGGAUUUUUAUGCAUCUCUGAUUCCAGGCUAUGACAAGCAACAGGGAGGAGAGACUGUGGACCGAGACAUGCACCACACUACUAUCAUCACACCAUGCAGAGACCAGAGAUACGGGAACCUAAGCAAUCCAGUAGCCCUGUUGAAGGAAACCAAGAGGCAGGGCCCCAGAUUGACACCAGCCCUCUCCCUUUGCCUCCAGUGCCUCAUGAAGUCAUGA